AUUGAAAUUGGGAUAACGUUUUAUGAAAAAUAUCCAAACAAACAAACACAAGCCCCAUAUACUCCCCCGACAAAACCCUUCUUCAAUCCUCCUUUGUGUCUCUGCAGCUUUGCUUCUGGGUUUAUGGCUCAUCCAUUGAAACUGUAAGUUCAAAAUACAUCUUUUCCUCCAUCCAUGGCUUCUACUUUCUUCACUGCUGUUGAUAUCUCUUAUUAUGCCACCAUUCCCAAUUCUUUAGACCUAAAACAUCAUCACCAUAUCCCUUUCACUUUCAUCUCUUCAAGAAGACCAAAUAAAUCCACAUUUUUCUACUGUAAUUCCUCCAAAAAGCCACCAAUCCCUGAUAUAUCACAAGACCCACAGAAGCAAAACCCUUCUUUAGCUGAUCAACUUAAAACCUUAUCCACAACCACCCUCUCAGACACCCCACAAACCACCACCCAAUUGUUGACUAAACCUAAAUCCAUCUGGGUUAACCCCACAAAGCCUAGACCUUCUGUUCUUAACCUUCAAAGGCACCAGCGAAAGACUUAUUCCUAUAAUCCCCAAAUUAGAGACCUUAAGUUGUUUUCCAAGAGGCUUAAUGAGUGUGAAGACAGUGAAGAUGCUUUCUUGAAAGUUCUUGAAGAAAUCCCACAUCCGCCCACUAGAGAAAAUGCACUUUUGGUGCUUAAUAGCUUGAAACCCUGGGGAAAGACGAUGAUUUUCUUUAAUUGGCUUAAAACCCAAGAUUCUUUUCCUAUGGAAACUAUCUUUUAUAAUGUUACAAUGAAGUCUUUGCGGUUUGGAAGGCAGUUUCAGCUUAUUGAAGAUCUUGCUAAUGAAAUGAUUACUGAUGGUGUUGAAUUAGAUAACAUUACAUACUCCACCAUUAUUACCUGUGCGAAAAGAUCCAAUCUUUUCGAUAAGGCUGUUGAAUGGUUCGAAAGAAUGUACAAAACGGGUUUGAUGCCCGAUGAGGUCACCUACUCUGCUGUUUUAGAUGUGUAUGCUAAAUUAGGGAAAGUUGAGGAGGUGAUGAGUUUGUAUGAAAGGGGGAGAGCCAGUGGUUGGACACCAGAUGCCAUUGCUUUUGCUGUGUUAGCUAAGAUGUUUGGCGAAGCAGGCGAUUACGAUGGUAUACGGUAUGUUUUGCAAGAAAUGAAGUCUCUUGGGGUGAAACCGAAUUUGGUUGUUUUCAAUACGUUAUUGGAAGCAAUGGGCAAGGCUGGGAAGCCUGGUUUGGCUAGGAGUUUGUUCGAAGAGAUGGUGGCUGCGGGUAUUUCUCCAGAUGCGAAAACGCUCACCUCUUUGGUCAAGAUUUAUGGGAAAGCGAGGUGGGCUAGAGACGCUUUAGAUCUUUGGCAGAGAAUGAGAUCAAAUGGGUGGCCUAUGGAUUUCAUUUUGUACAAUACUUUACUAAGUAUGUGUGCUGAUCUUGGUCUACAGGAAGAAGCCGAAGGAUUGUUUGAAGAUAUGAAGGGAUCUCAACAUUGUAAACCGGAUAGUUGGAGCUAUACAGCCAUGCUUAACAUCUAUGGAAGUGGUGGGAAUGUAGAAAAAGCAAUGAGUUUAUUCGAUCAAAUGUCGGUUGAGAAUGUUGCGAUUAACGUUAUGGGAUGCACGUGUUUGAUUCAGUGUUUAGGAAGGGCUAAACGAAUGGAUGAUUUGGUAAAAGUGUUUGAAACCUCCAUUGAAAGAGGUAUUCGUCCCGAUGAUAGGCUCUGUGGAUGCUUGCUUUCUGUUGUAUCUUACUGUGAAAAUGGCGAUGAUUUGGACAAAGUCAUUUCUUGCUUACAAAAAUCUAACCCGCGAUUGGUUUCCUUUGUGAAAUUACUGGAAGAAUCCAAAAUCGGGUUUGAGAAGAUUAAAGAGGAGUUUAAGGAGAUCCUAAACAACACUGAAGUUGAAGCUCGUAGGCCGUUUUGCAAUUGUUUGAUUGAUAUUUGUCGAAAAAGAAAUCUUGAUGAAAGAGCCCACGAGCUUCUUUACAUGGGAACCAUUUACGGAUUGUACCCUGGAUUACAUACAAAGACUCCUGAAGAAUGGCGUUUGAAUGUUCGGUCACUAUCAGUGGGUGCAGCCCACACAGCUUUUGAAGAAUGGGUGGGAACUUUGACCGCGAUGGUUAGCCGCCAAGAACCGCUGCCAGAGUUGCUGUCGGCCAGCACCGGUGCAGGAACACAUAAGUUCUCUCAAGGGCUGGCGAAUGCCUUUGAAUCACAUGUGAAUAGGCUUUCAGUACCAUUUAGGCAGAGUGAAGAAAAAGCAGGCGUUUUUGUAGCAACUAGGGAGGACAUAGUGUCGUGGGUGCAAUCAAAGGUUCCGAAUCUUUCUUAGAGGUAUCGAUUGUGAUUACAGAAGAUAAACUUUAAUCACUGCUUAGUAUUUUUGCUCUAGGGUUCGAGCAUGUUUUAUAGCUUUAGAUAUAGUUUCUACAAUGAAUCUCAUUUGAAACGGGCUAUACCUUUAAAUUUUUGCUGUAAAUUCUACUA